CUUCAGUGAAACGCAUACACAAUAGGUUAACGUGGUGUCCCUCACGUCGGUUAGUUGUAGUUGGAAGCAAAUGUGGAGGGAAUGAGAGUGUAUAGUGCGUGAAGUGUUACCUGUAGGUAAAGCAGGAAGUGCUCGGUUACCACCUUAUGGCACGCCACGGUCUCACCAUGGAAGGUGCUCGUGUGUGGUGAAGAUUAACGACGGCUGAUGAGCCAGGAUGUCGGGGGAGAGUUACACCCGCUGGCGCGCUCAACCUAGUGAUGACGAAGACGAUGAAGGUGUUGAAGGCGAGUCCAGGGGAGGGCGAGGGCGAGGUGAGGCCGUCACUAUCAUCACCCCUUCCGCCCCCCGUCUCCCGCAUGUCCUCUCUCAUGGGGGCCAAAUCAGGUUGCUCUGUGUCAUGAUCCUGAUGCUGUCGGUGUGUCUGGUGUGUGUGGGUCUGGGCGUGUGUGUGGGACUAGCGUGGGGUUAUGCCAGGAGUUAUCGCCACACCAGCGAGCAUAUCAUCUCUGGCUCCACGCUUGACUACAUGCAUGUCCAACGCUUCCUCCAUAGCCUGCUACCAAGCAUGAUCCAAUACAAUAUGAAGGAACUGGAAGAGAUACCUCAGAGGAUGUUGGCAGACUUUGUGGAGGACACCUGGGAAUUUCAGGGUCUCGACACCACCACCACAACCUUCCGUGUCCACCUCUCCAAGCCAGACACCGAGAACCCAAACACAGUGGAGGUGACCUACAGUGACGGCCACAAGGAGGUCCUCAACCCUCUCCCUCCCACCGGUAACCCCACUCCCUUCAGCGCCUACAGCCCGGCGGGAGUGGUGACUGGGCCGCUGGUGUAUGGCCGCUACGGGAAACGGGAGGACCUCGCCACCCUUCAAUCCCGCAAGAUCAACCUCAAAGGUUCCAUCCUCCUCCUGCGGCACGGCAAACUACACAACGGUGCCAAGAUGCAUAACGCUGAGCAAGCCGGAGCUGUGGGCGUGUUGUUCUACCCUGAUCCUGCAGACAUGCGGGGAAUGUUUGGGGGCGGAGAGCCGUACCCUAAUGGGACUGGACUACCGGACGACGGCGUCAUCUGGAGUACUGUAAGCACCUUGCCUGGGGACCCUGCUACGCCCUUCCUUCCCAGCCUCGACUAUAUCUACAGGACUGGACAGUCGUCACAGACGCUGCCGAAGAUCCCUGGACACACCGUGAGUGCGGAGGUGGCACAGCAGCUGCUGGUGAUGAUGGAUGGCCCGGAGGCACCUGAAGGAUGGUGGGGGGACCUGGACCUGGUGUACCGCCUUGGGGGGUCCUGGACCCUUGACAGUAACGUCACCAAUAUCACGCUGUCGGUCAACAACAUCCUGCAUGAGAAAACCCUCAAGAACAUCCACGCAACUUUGCCCGCUGCUGAUGAAUCCAGGGUGAUCAUGGUAGGAUGCCACUACGGGUCUCUCUCCAUUAACCCCGGUGCGGGACUUGGGGCACUACUGGCCCUAAGCGAAGCCAUCGCCAAAAAUUACCUGCCAGGGGGCACUCAGCGUAAGUUGGUGUUCUCCGCCUGGGCCGCCGGAGAGUACGGCAUGAUCGGCUCAACAGAAUUUACUCAGUUGUACUCAUCGUGGGUGGACUCUUCGGUCAUAGCUUACCUGAGUGUGGACGAGAUGCUCCAGGGCACUGGUAGCCUGAGGGUAAUGGCCUCCCCCACACUGCGGCAAGCCAUCCGGGAGGCAGCGACGCAGGUGAUGUGGCCUGUUGGUGAAGAUGUGUCUGUGUACGACGGGUGGUGCUCGUCGGAUCCACUUGAUGCACACUUCAGCAAUCUCGGAUCCGGCAGCGACUACGUCAGCUUCACGGCGCAGCGAGGUGUACCCUCUGCGCACUUCGUUGGUAUGGGCGUCGACUGGUGGAGCACCUUCUCCCUCCGACACUCCCAGUACGACACCCGCUACUCGUACACCAGCCUCCUGGACCCUGACUACAAGUGGACCCACAUGAUCACGAGCCUGGUGGGGGCGGUGAUGAUGGUGUUGAGCGAGAAUGAACUGCCUCCUGUGGUCAUGACAGAGCUGAGUACUGACCUGUACGACGGGUGGCGGCGCUUCCUCGGCCUCCACGCCACAACACUACACAAGUCGGGAUAUAACUUCACCGGCAUCAUAGACGCCAUCGAGGCAGAACUGAUCAGAAUGAACAGCUCCUUGUCAGACCUGGACAGGUUGUACCACACGAUGCCUAAUUACGUGCACCAAUACUCUAUGCCCGUCACUGGACUCGCCCACUACAGGCAGGUGGAGCAGCGUCUACGAUGGCUGACCAACCUGGAGCGUGGACUCCUGGGCCCCCGCGGGGUAGGACGGACCUUCACCACAAACCUGAUGGUCGGCCCUGAUCUCGAGAACCCAUAUCGAGCCACCCACUACCCGCACGCCGCUCAGGCCAUUAUACACGCCCUCCUACAGAAAACCCCAUGGGAGAGCGUUCACCAGGAGCUUUCUUACAUCCUGGCGGCUCUUACUUCAUACAGACAGCUCUUCCCUAUUGACGUCCCAGUGUCUACAAUUGAGACGCAGGAUAUCGACUGAUGGUAGGUCUCAUGGCUGAAACCUAUUUCUGAUGAGCCAUUUAAAACUGAUGACUGUCUUGCUUUGAUAAAGUUUAAGGUUUCUUCCGUUUUGAUGUUGACAGCUAAGAUCUGAUCUUUGGUCUCAUUGACAGCUGGAAUCUCAUACUGUCAUGACAAUAACAUCUGUUGUAUUGUAAAACUGGCAGCUGGAGAUUAGUUUCACUGUGUAAUUUGUAAGUGAUAAGUUAUUUCAUCGUGGAUGUUGGAAGUGGAGACUAAUUUUGGUUCUGGUGUUAACAACUACUGAAGAGUUAUAUUGUAGUGAUGUCCGAUGAAUACUGUUCUGCUGUGGUAGUGACGUGUAAUGUAAGGUGUUAUGGUGGCACUGGCAUUUUGAAAUUUAUUCUGUUGUGGCACUCCGGUCAAAACCGGUCCUUACGUGUUGCCAACAACUGAAUAGUUGCUGUCACGACACGCACAACUGAUGACUAGUUCUGUGAUAUUUAGAGCUGAAUACUUAUACUACUGUGGUGUACUUACGUUCAGUAGAUGUUCUCGCCUGGCACUAACACUUGUGAACAGGUACCAGUUCUGUACUUAAGGGUGAUCUUGCUCUGUUGUAAUACUUGAAGCUACAGGUUAGUCCCAACGUACUUCUUAAGUUCGGAAAUCAUUCUACUAUAAUAUCUAUGAGUAAAGCAACGGUGUGACAUUCUAAACAUAAUAUCAAAUGUGUUAGUGACAUACUUCACAAUGUAUAUCACAAAUUCUGUCCAUUCUUAAACUCCUGCCUCUGAAAUUUUCAAUUUAACACGUUGUUUCAUAGUUAUCACACGUGGCACAAAUUUAAUACACCUGUGCCUAUACUGUUACCUAAAUAUGAAAUAAACUACAUAGAGUACACAAAAAUGGGCCAUCAUCAUCCCAGACAAACUGAAAAAAAAAAAUAACAUCUUCGAGAGAUGGACGAUAUUGUGGUGCUAAGCGUGAUACUGUGACGUGAUAUAGUAGUGUGGCCUUGAUCAGUGUAUCAUGCCAGUUAUAUGCAGUUUGUCUGCCUUAAUGACUUAAGGCAGUGGCACACUGGGCACUUUCCUCCAAACGUGUUGCCCGUUUUGCUGGCCGUUGGCCUGACGGCCCAGCAAGCAGCAGGAUUUCUGCUGUUGCGAGAAAUGGACAACGGUUUGGCAGGGAUUUUUGCUGGCCGGAUUCGUGUUCAAAUGAGCUUCAUAUAAUUUCAAGUAAAAAUUGAAAUAAAUCAUGAAACAAUAAGAAUUUAAAAUAUAACAUAUAAACUUCUUUAGUAUUAUUAGAUCAUUAUUCAGGGUCUUUGAGCAGUCAGCCGCUGCCACUUUUAAAGAAACUUCACAAUGCAUCAUUGUCUUUUAUUUAGUUUUUGCACACGCCUCACUUGCUUCAGCAAUUGAAGAACUAUAGCACAAUCCUGCAAGGCCUCAACUGUAGUAACUGGAUCCAUGGCGAACCUCAUCUAGACGCUUUGUUGUUGCUUUCGUUGCGUUGGGCAGACGCGCCAGCAAAACAUCCCAGUGUGAGGUAAAACGUCUCUUGGUUUUGUUAGCCGGACCGUGUUUGCCAAACAUGCUUGGAGGAAAGUGCCCAGUGUGCUGCCGCCUUUAGUCGUUUGGAAAAGAAUGAGUGAAAGAGUGUGUACACAGUGAAGAUAAUUCAUCACACUUGGCACCGUCGACAAGUCACAAGAAGUAUCACUGUGAGACUAUCACCUGCUGUACAACACAUUUUUAGAAACUAAACCAAAUAAUAAUUUGUGUUGCAAGAUUCUUUGAGUGAUACUUUCCAGUUUUACGGAGAUUAAUGACGGGGAAUUUAGUUUGAAGGUAAGAAACACAGACAACCUCUUCUCGGCCACAAGACCUGUUGAAUAAGGAAGAGAGAGGUGUAGGUGCGGCUGAUUCACUACGUGUUACACAUUCGUACCACAACUAUGUACACGCUUGCUUUUGACAACUGGGAUACUUGGGGUCAGGUUGUAAAUAUGUAUCUGAGGUUCUAUUUUAGAAAGAUCCUUAAAUCUGAUUUAUAGAAGUCAGUUCUACGCUGCGGAGAAAUCAACAUUGUGUCAGCGAAUGGUUGCUUGUAGUCUUAAGUAAAUUUAGCUAUAUAUAGGAAUGGUGACGGUCAUCGUUCAGUACCUGAGAUGUGUUACUCAUGGUGUGCCCUGGGCUGGUCACCAGGACGCAGGGUCAUUUAUGGUGUGCCCUGGCCAGCUUACUAGGACGGAGGGUCACUUAUGGUGUGCCCUGGGCUGGUCACCAGGAUGCAGGGUCACUCAUGGUGUGCCCUGGGCCGAUCACUGGUCAUCAAUCAUAGUUGGUGUAAACAAGUUUCAAUACUUCAAUGGUGCUGGAAAUAAUUAUUUAAGUUGCAGAUAAUGUUUUAAUUUGAUCUUAACUUUCAUUCUUAAACUGAAGUUGGCAGCGUUCCCUAACCUUCUCCCGCCACUAUUAAAAGAAGGAGACGGACUCUUUCUUUCUGGAAGGUCCACAGUGUUGGUGGAUCAUAUUCAGUCCAUUCUUGAGUUUCUUUGCUGUGCGUCAUCAGCUGUGUUUACUGAAGCAACAGCCGACGAUUGAGGCGGAGAAGCAACAGCAGAAGGUGGAGAGGUGGAACGGUGAAUUAGGAACAGGAACAACAACAGUUUUACAUUAGUAAUAACAGCAGGAGGACGUGACCGUGUGCCUCAUAAGGUUGAUAAUGUCUGUGGCCGAUGCAGUGGAAUUCCCGGAACUUUCCUCUUUAUCGACUGCUGCAGAUGAUCAUGUACGCGGCCCUUCCUCCUCGCUGUCACACCACUUUUGUUAAGUUCCUCCUCCUCCUAUCCUUCUUGAUUGCUGACAUAUUAUAAAAUAAAAAAUCUUGCCAAUCAUAUUUUAGGUUUAAUAUCGUGUUGUUACUAAUGUAGUACAAGGUGUGCUCGAUUUUAUCAAUGAUGUGUGUGGCUGUGAUUUGUAAUACUGCAUUCUGCUAGAGUAUUUUUUUUUGACUGAGUAGUCCAAUACCUCAACAGUACAGUGGGCAGUCACUAGAAGCUAUUAAUUUUUUUUUAAAUAGCUGGGUUAUGCUGCCUCAAAAUGCUUUUUAUAAUGUCAGUAACAGUAAGUGUGACUGAAGAAUGCUGCGACUUGGACGCAAAUUACAGAAUUAAAGAUAAAACUGGUGAUAUAUUUUGAUUUAAUGAGGAAAAUAUAAAUAAAUUUUACUUAAAAGAG